GAUCAGAUUCGUUUGUUGUACAUCAUCUCGAAAUAUUCCAGUCCUGCGCGUCAGCCUGGCGAUGAGGAGCUUUGCAUGCGGAGGCUUCCCUUGGUUGUUCUCAUGUAUGAAGCCAUUAUUGAAGACGUGCUGGACUACGAUUACGCUCCUGUAUGGUCUCAAAGGAUUUCACGCAACGUCUGGAUGAAUGUGACUCAGGAGGGCAUCCAUGCCCUGGACGAUUUCAUUUCGAAGAAUUUGUGUCGGAAUAUCAAGCUGCAGAGUAAGGAUUUCUCUGCAGUAACAGCGUAUCAGAUUACAGAGAAAGGGCUCAAUUUUCUUGCAAGGGCACCCAAAGAGAUUUUGAUGGCAGUGGACGACUUCUUGUAUCGUUCUGGUGAUGUACUCCAGGUUCGCUUUAACGGCUCGGAUUUCGAGAUAUACACAUCUAGCGGUUUUUCACAGCAGUCAGGAGUCACAGAUACGGAAGAUGUGAGUUACGUCUCAAGCCCCUGGCUGCCGCAGAGUUUGCGCUACACCUCGAAACCAUUGCGAAGCUUUGCUCACCGGGCAUACGAAGCGGCAGAGGGGAUCAGUCAAUUGAAUGACGAGCUGGACUCAGCCAUACGGCUGCGAAACGUCAACCUCCUCGUCGCUGAGUGGAUUCCCCUGGGCCCGAAUCAGCUCUGGUACCUCAUGGACCGUCUGGGCGUCCUCGAUCGUUGCCAGGGGGGCAUGUUCACAGCUCAAGUAGACAACAACCCGGCGAAGAGCAAGUUUCAGUGUCCCGUCGGCCUGACUGCGGUGAGGGUUCUCGACUUUGACCUCAGCGAGGCCGUCAACUUCGAGGCUGAGAUUCUGUACCCGGAAGAGCCUGGCAUCGUUCAGCAGGUGGAGUACUUCGGGAUGCAUAUGGACGUAGAUGGAGGGAUCAUGAUCGGGCUGAAAGUGGAGGCGAUUGAGAAGUCUCCAGCAGAGCAGCUGAGCAUCGACUUGAUCAGUCGUCUGGUUGUCGACAUCAUGAAUGACUCGUCUCGCAUCAUUGGCGAUCUGCUCUCCGAGUACCAGAGGGUUCAGAUGAACAUGGUCUUCCGAGGGGAGUCUUUCUCACGCGAAAAGUUUGUCCUCUACCUGGCCGACUCGAUUGAGCCCUUGACCAAGGCCGAAGCCUACAUGAACGACGCGCAGUUUGUGGCUGAGCUACGGCAGAUCGUCGGAGAUUUGCAGUCCGUGCACUGCCUGAGCAGCGAAGACGUGGUGAUCCUGGGGUCGAAGGGAUGUAUCGCUGCUGGGCCUCGUUGCAAGAUGAAUGAGGAGCUGCUUGCUCGCUUCAUGGUCCUCGGAGCAAGAGACAACUUCGUCAAGUCUGUCUUCGUGCGCCUCAAAGUCCUCAACUCCGAGCUACUGCACAUCCGAGAUCUCCUCAUCAAGCACAACGAGCAUCCCAAUAGAGGAAACGUCAUCCGUGAGAAACUUGCGGAUGCUUCCCGUGACAUCUCCCUGCUCAAGGAGCUCCAGCAGUACCUCGUCGAGUCCCUCCAGGGCUUCAGAGUCCCUCCCCUCCCCUCGGAACUUUCAGGGCGGAAGAUGUACAGCUUCCUCGACCUGCACUCGAGGCUCAAGGACGCCGUGCUGCGAGCUCGCGAUCUUUACAAGCUGAUCGAAGGAGCUGAGAACGAGUACAGGACGCUGGUGAAGAUGAUGGACGUUGUGGGGAAGUCAGCGCUGGAGCAGGUGGUGAAGUUCACCAAGCAGAACACUCAGGAUCUCGUGCAGAACAGCUUGACGGAGGCGAGAAACGCCCAGGGCAUGCAAAUGGUGAACAUCAUGAUGGCAGGGAACUUCAUCUUCGCACUUAUCGACAAGGCGGUUGGAGGCGUCGAGAACUGGAAUGGAGACUACGACAAGGAAUGGCUCAUCGUCCUUGACCGCAACUUCCCCCUCUCAAUCUUCGGCUUCCACGUCAUCGCCUUCAUCCUCUGGUCCUGGCUUCUCACCUCCCUGCUCAACCACCUUGCGGCCGAGGCUGACGGAUAUCUUAUUUGGCGUCUCAAGAUGAACCGCAAGAUCGACCCUAAGGCCAUGACGGCCUGGGCGAGUACGAAAGUUCUCAUCAGCAGCAGCGUCGACAUGGACCGGACAGUCCGGCCGGCGCGGAAGAUGCGAAAGGCGUACUGGGAGGAGACAAGUCACAGCAGGUGGAAGGGACCAGCCCCCCUGCUGGAGAUUUUCUACGACGAGACCAACGGAUUCCUCCUCCAAGUUGUCUUCUCGUACCAAAAGACCAAGUGCGUUCUUCCUCCUCCUCCUCCCCCUUCUCUUUCUACUCCUCCUGCCCCUUCUCUUUCUACUCUUCCUCCUUUUCCUCCUUCUCUCCCACGAUCUAACGACUUGCAGGUCUGA